GCUUCAUUUUACUUAUCCAUCCGUGUGACUGCUAAAAAAAAAUUUGUCUGCUGGGGAAGAACUAAUUUAUCUGAAAUUUCAUGGCUUCAUUGAAUUAAUCCUCUUCAUAACCCUUCUACUUGAUUCAUUCAGUACGGACGGCAGCGAAAGAAAACUACUGGAGAAGACCUUAUCAUCAAAACAUCGUUGUCCUCCGGCAAUUUUAAUCUCCACUCCGGUACCAGAAAUGAACCCUCCAUCAUUGGGAACUGAUACUGACCUUGAGCGAUUCAGAAGAUUUCGUCCUGGUGGUACCUUAUCGAGCAUCCCAAAUGCUAAAUUUCUUUCUGAAGUGGAGGUUCGGGGGAUGUUUAACAUUCCCAAGUCUGUAAAAUUUACUAAGAUGGAAAAUCUGACUGAUCCAAUUUGUAAAGACGAGGUAGUAGUUAAUCUCUAUCAGCUUGCCUGCGGAUUAACAAUGCCUGUAGACUCCUUUACCUGCGCGCUUCUUAAUGCCUGGGGAAUUUCAAUUAAUCAAAUGCAUCCGUCACUGUGUUUGGUAUUGCAACGGGUGCGUUCCAUCUCCAAAGCUUACCAUCUUUUAUAUUGCCAAUAGACGAUCAAAAAAUCAUAACUCCCACAGGACGGCAGAUGCCCGGGCUUCCUUGGAAGGUCUUUUCUUAUGAAUGCAAACAUCCGAACACAAAAUUCCGGUUUGACGGGUUCCCUUCAUGCUGUAGAUGGGAUGAUCACUUCUACAGAUUCCGGAAUUGACAAAAGGAUCAAAGAGACAAUGACCCUACAUUCCCAACUGAUAAUGUAUUCACAAACGGUCUCUUAAUUGAGGACAGCAGCGACGAUCGUAUUGAGAAAUUCUUCAACCUACCGAGUAGCUUGUUUGAUGUGUCACUUUCAGAUGAGUAUGUUGACUGGCGCUACGAAAAAGAUUUGAAUGCAAAUGAAAUCUCAGCCCCAACACGUGUUGUUCCUCUUAAUCAGAGGCCAGGAGUUACCGCCAUCGAAUCCGACUCCGAGUCUUAUGACGGUUGUUCUCCUAAAGCACCAGAAAUGAAUUCAAUGGGGGCAGAUUACCUUCAAGGAUCUUCCUCUCCUUCUAGUUUGCUUAGAAUUCGUCGAAGACAUUACAAGACAAAAACGGUUGGGGCUAAUUCCUCGGACGCCCAUGGCCUUGGAGCUAGCAAUGGAAAAACAAGCUUCAAGAGGCUUCGUAAAGGUGAUCAGCUGCUUUCUUUCACAUUUAAGGGUCGAUAUCCGAAGAACCAACUAGUGAAUAAAGCUCCACAGUUUGUGAUUGUUCCUGACGCUAUGUCUGGAAAGAUAUGUGAAGCCGCUCGCCGCAGCAAACGUCUGAUUAAUAAAGGCUAUUCUUGUAAAGUAGCAAGUUCGUAUGGUCCAGGCGUUGGAUUUGCCCCUGCUUUUGACGGAAAUAGGGAGAGCAUGAAUUCUGGUUCUAGUGAUGAGGUUCUUAGAAUGGAAAUUGAAAGUUCUGAUGACAUUUCUUCUGGUUGUCCAAGUCCUUUCACCAACUUGGUCGAUGCUCAAGUUCCAUUGGGGAGAGAAGCCGUUAGAGGAAACGAUUUCUCCAACACUGUAUUUGCGGAUGAUAACUUAACUAGCAAAGAAAAUGCAUCUACUGCCCGUGACAGCAUUCAAUCACCGGGUCACAGAAAAUCUACUUGUGAUAACGGAGAAAAAGUCAUCCAACCACCCCUUCCAACUGAUACUUUGCCUGAUUUCGAUAUAUUUUCCGACCGCGGAAUGAUGGGAAGUGGUUCGACUAACCCUUGUCAUGCUACAGAGAAUGUUAGAGUACGUCGGCCUGCUUCAAUCCUGCAACCUGACAUUAGUCGACCUUCCCCUGCCUCUCCAUCUCCAAUCCACCCGAUAAACGAGCCUGAUUGCGACACAUUGCUUAAAAACCAUGAUAGAACAAUAUAACCAGUUCCUGAAAUCCGCCACUCAACUAAAUGAUGCGCAAAAACAACGUGCUUUGGAAGGUGGUGCUGAUGCCGGUAUGAGACAGGAAAUUGCACAGUUGGAGAGAAAAAAUACUGAGCUGUCCGCUGCUAUUAGGAUGCUGACCGAAGAGUUGGCUGGAGUGCGCCAGGAAUUAGCUGACUCGAAAUCCCGUGAAUUGCAACUGCAACUUUCAUUGGACGAAAUCAGUGAUGUACUUCCAGACUCUUGGGAGUACUAAUUUGCUCCCAACUUCAAAACUUGGUAGGGGAGAUCUGACCUUUGCUUAUUCCACUAUUUGCAGCAAUUUUCCUUAACAUAAGACUGCAUUUUUGAACUCUCCAGCAGAGUUUUCGUUCUGAUGGUAUUUGGGGCGUGAAACCACACUUUUGUACAUGAAGCGACGACGCUCGAAUUAAUCAUACAUGUAAUUUUGGUGAUGACUGCAGUAGAAAAAUAUGUAUGCAUGAUAUUUAGUCUCGGUACAAAUUUCCUUGAAUUACUUGUGAAGCAACAGCCUUCGUAAGGAUAUUAACCUUUGGUUGGAAAAAUUAAGAUGGUUGGACAUCCAUGUUGAUCGCGGCUCUGAAACGCUUUAUAUUGAUAUCAUUGUUGUCUGUGGUAUGAUAUUCGCCCCCACUAGUAUAUACAAGUUAUUUCGAA